GCCCUGAUUCUUGACAAGAGAAAACGUGCGAAAGAGUAGUAGAUAGACGGCCACAUCCUCAAUUUCAAUGAAAAUAAUUAACGAAAACUAAAAAGAAAAAACAAAUUACAAAAUGAAAUCGCAUUCUCGCUUACUGGAUCUGGAGGAGGCUCCCUGUAUUUGAUAAUAGGCAGAAAGUGGAUCUGUAGGUGGCGUGUUAGUGUUUUUUUAGAAUCAUUUUAAAUUAGUAAAGUUUUGUUUUACAAUUACAAUAUAGGGUUUAUUGUAUUGGAGGACACAUUUUGAAAUAAUUAUUCGAAAAUGGAGGACGAGAAGAGGAAGAAGAAAAACAACAAGAAAAAGAAGAAUAAACAGAGUAAGAUUACGGAGACAGAAGUAGAAGGAGGGGCUACUGUCAAUGGCCAUGCCCAACACGACGCUCCUCUAAAUGCUACUAUAAAUUCCUCCAUUUCAGCUGAAUCUGAGGUGCCUCAGUCGCAUCAAGAAGAGGCUAUUUUAGAAGAAACAUCUGCACAAAUACAGAUAGAGAAAGAUGUUCACUUUCAGAAACAGGCUAUUUUGGAAGAAACAAUUAAACAAUUACAAAAAGAAAAUGAUAAUCACAUACAAAAAGAGGCUUCCUUAGAAGAUACAAUUAAUAAACUACAAAAAGAUAAUGAUCUGCAUUUACAGAAAGAGUUUACCUAUGGGGAGGUGAUCAAACAAUUACAAGAUGAAAAAAGUUCUUGUAUCCUGAACAAGGAUAGUCUAGAGUUGGAAAUUGUUCAGUUACAGAGUGCAAAAGAUUUAUGGCUUCAAAAAGAGGGUCAGCUGGUGGAGAAAAUAAAUCAGUUGGUUGAUGAGAAGAAUACUUGGUAUCUGAAAGAGGUAAGCAUACAAGAAAGAGUUGAACAUCUAGAAAAAGAGAGACAGUCCUGGGUUCUGAACGAGGUUCGAGCUAAAGAAAUGAUUGUGAACCUGAAUGAGGAUAUUGCUAGACUACAAAUGCAGGUGGUGGAGUUUGAAGAAUCCCAAAAGAAUGUCUUACAAGAAAAGGAACAGCUGAUGGAAAACAUUGCUAGUCUGCAGUUGCAAAUUAAGGAUCUUCAGAACAUUGCCUCUAAGUCAUCUGAAGAAUUUACAAAGCUUUCUUCUGAACGGGAGGAGUUAAACUCUCAGGUAGAAGCAGCAUGUUCGUUGGUUGAGAAAUUAGUAACAGAAAAUGCAGAGCUUGUUGAGAAGGUCAAUGAGUUGUUUAUUGAGCUUGACAGAGGCAGUAGUUUGUUUGGGGUUCCUUUAACUGAAAAAUCUGAACGGAUCCUUGGAAAUGCCGAAAUAUCUAGUGUUUCUUACCAGGAGUCCCGAACCAAUGAAAAUAUGCCGAUGAUGUUACACCGGGAGUUGAACUCUGUAGACAUUGUUCCAGUGAAAGAGGAAACGAAUGGUAUUCAUAAUCCGGAGAACCAUCAAAGUGAUGUAACUACAGAGCAUUCCUUAUCGUCGAUGUCUGGUGAAAUAGUGCAAAUUCCGUUGGAUGAAAAUGAGGAACACGAUGAUGUUGAGGCUCAGGCUCGUGAAAAUGAUGGUGUUCCUAUCUCAGAUGCUCCCCUGAUUGGUGCUCCUUUUCGGCUGAUAUCUUUUGUAUCUAGAUAUGUUAGUGGUGCUGACUUGGUUGACAAAAAUUCUUUUCAAUCCUAAACUCUUUUUAAACUCUAAUCAUAAACUCUUUUAUCUGUAUUUAUUAUUAUUAUUCUUUUUGGAUCAGUCACUAAUUAAUUUGAUACUUUUUUUUCCA